AUGGCUAAGAAAAGCGGAUUGCUUUCUAUUGAUGCCUUCUCCAAGACCGUCGAAGAUGCAAAAAUCAAGACAACUUCUGGUGGUUUAAUCACUGUUACUUGUAUAUUGACAUUGAUCACCUUGAUAAUAGGUGAAUGGAGACAAUUCAAUGAAAUAUCAAUCUACCCAGAAUUAGUUGUUGACCGUGAUCAUAACUUGAAAUUAGAUAUCAACCUUGAUGUCACAUUCCCAGAUCUACCUUGUGAUUUGAUGUCACUUGAUAUAAUGGAUGUUAGUGGUGAAUUACAAUUAGAUAUUGCCAAAUAUGGAUUCACUAAAAUAAGGUUAACAGAGAGUGGUGAAGAAAUUGGAAAAGAAGAAAUGAAGAUUGGUGAUGAUCAAGACCUUGCCAACUCUGAAGUUGCAGCAGAUUACUGUGGACCUUGUUAUGGAGCCAAAGAUCAAAAUGGUAAUGAAGGAAAAGCUCAAAAUGAAAAAAUUUGUUGUAAUGAUUGUGAAAGUGUUCGUAAAGCAUAUGCAUCUGUUGGUUGGGCUUUUUUCGAUGGUAAAAAUGUUGAACAAUGUGAAAGAGAAGGUUAUGUUAAGAAGAUCAAUGAUAGAUUAGGUGAAGGUUGUAGAGUUAGCGGUACAGCUAAAUUGAACAGAAUCAAUGGUAAUCUUCACUUUGCUCCAGGUGCAAGUUAUAGUGCACCAUCAAGACAUGUUCAUGAUUUAUCAUUGUACAAUAGACAAGGUGAUUUUUCAUUCCGUCAUACAAUCAAUCAUUUCAGUUUUGGACCAGAUGUCAACUCUCAAUAUACUUCUGAACCAUUGGAAUUAUCUAACCAUCCAUUAGAUGGAAGAGUGUCACCAAGUGGAGGUAAAGAGCAUUUAUAUUCAUACUUCUUGAAAGUUGUUCCAACCAGAUAUGAAUACUUGAAUGGAACUGUUAUAGAAACAAACCAAUACAGUUCAACCUACCAUGAUCGUCCAUUAGUUGGUGGUCGUGAUGAUGACCAUCCAAAUACUUUCCAUGCUAGAGGUGGUAUUCCUGGCUUAUUUUUCCACUUUGAAAUGUCACCAUUAAAAAUUAUAAAUAAAGAAGAAUAUGAAGGCACUUGGAGUGGAUUCAUAUUGGAUGUUAUAAGUGCUAUCGGUGGUGUUUUAACUGUUGGUGCUGUUGUUGAUAGAGGUGUUUGGGCUGCUGAUAAAGUCAUCAGACGUAAGAAAGAUAAAUGA